CCAACUCAACAGUGGCUGUGUGCGCGAGCGCCGUGGCAGUGAGUCUCGACGGAGCGAAGGCGUAGGAUUUCGGAAGCUCUGAUUCUGAUCUUCCAAGCGCCAAAAAUUUCGACCGGUCGACUAGAACAUGGGAGGCUCCAACCCUGAUGAGAAAGUUCUUAGCUACAAUGAUGUUGUACUCCGGCGAUCCGACCUGGACAUCCUUAGUGGCCCGUAUUUUCUGAAUGAUCGCAUAAUCGAGUUCUAUUUCAGUUAUCUUUCCUCGUGCUAUCCAUCCGAGGACGUCUUACUUGUUCCACCGUCGAUAUCUUUCUGGAUAAUGAGCUGCCCGGUGAUUGAGAGCCUCAAAGACUUCGUGGAACCGCUCCAUUUGCCUGAUAGAAAGCUGGUGCUCUUUCCUACAAAUGACAAUGAUGAUGUGAGUCAAGCUGAAGGCGGGUCUCAUUGGAGCUUACUUGCAUAUGAGAGGAACUCCAAUAUGUUUGUUCACCAUGAUAGCCACAGAGGGAUGAACAAGAGGCACGCGAAACAACUUUACAAUGCGGUUAAAGGAUUUAUGUCUGAUACAGAUUCCGUAUCUGCUGCCAAAUUUCUAGAAUGCGCAGAUUCGCCACAGCAAACGAAUGGCUGUGAUUGCGGCUUAUACGUCACAGCCAUUUCAAGAGUUAUAUGCCUUUGGCAUGGUGAUGGGGGAAACAAAGACAAGGGCGAAGGUGAUUUGUGGCUCUCUGCCGUGAAGGAGCAGGUCACUCCAUCUGUUGUUGCCGAAAUGCGGAAUGAGAUAUUGGGGCUGAUCAGGGGUCUCAUGGCUAUGAAGUGAGGUUUUCCUUCUAUGAAGCCGGAGUGAGUGAAUAAGGAAGUCAAAAUUGUGGGCUUAGAAAUACCUAUUAGACAUAUAUAAUAAAUACAAUAUCGGAAUUGUUUUGCAAUUAGUGAAAUA